CGUCACGGGUGAAAGUAACACAUACGUACCAUCAUGGAGGGAGUAAGAGUGUUUCCCCUGACCUGUGCGGUGCAGAAUUACCCGUGGGGAAAGGUGGGGCUGGACAGCGAAGUGGCCAAACUGGUGGUUGGCGGAGACCCUCUCGCUGUCAUUGAGGAAGGCAAGCCCUACGCAGAGCUGUGGAUGGGUGCCCACCCAAAGGGCGACUCCCAGAUUAAAGACAACAGGAUAGCACAGACCACACUGGGUCAGUGGAUCGCACACUUCCCAGCAUGCCUCGGCUCCAAAGUCAAGGACAGCUUCCAGGGUCGGCUCCCGUUCCUCUUCAAAGUUCUGUCAGUCAAUACAGCUUUGUCCAUACAAGCCCAUCCAAACAGGGAGUUAGCCGCUCGUCUCCACUCUCAGUUUCCGGAGCACUACCCAGACGACAACCACAAGCCAGAAAUGGCAAUCGCUCUCACUCACUUCCAGGGCCUCUGUGGCUUCAGGCCAGUGGAGGAGAUCCUUGGAUUCCUCAAAGAUGUCCCGGAGUUCCACGCUUUGGUGGGCAACGAGGCGGCCGAGGAGCUGCGACGCAGCGUGGGCGAUGCAGAUCGCACCAAAUGGGCCCUGAAGAAGUGCUUCACCAGGAUGAUGAACUGCGAGAAGAAGGUGUUUGUGGAUCAGCUCAAUAUGCUGGUGAAGAGAGUCACGGAGGAGGGUGCGGCGGGCAAGGACACGUCCAGCAGCAAUGGCGAGCUGUUGCUUCGCCUCCAUUCCCAGUACCCGGGAGACAUCGGCUGUUUCUCCAUCUACUUCCUGAAUCAUAUGGUCUUGGAUCCGGACCAGGCUAUGUUCCUCGGAGCCAACGAGCCUCACGCUUAUCUGUACGGAGACUGCAUCGAGUGCAUGGCUUGCUCCGACAACACGGUGAGAGCCGGCCUGACCCCCAAAUACUUGGACGUCAACACAUUGUGUGAGAUGCUCACCUACGUCCCCGCUCCCUCCGCUGCCAAAAUGUUCCCAGCGGUCCCGGACAACUCAGACCCUUGCGUGAGCGUCUACGACCCGCCGGUGCCGGACUUCGCCGUCAUGAGGAUACAGGUCCCGGCUGCCAUGAAGCAGUACACCUUGGGGGCAGUCGACAGCGCCAGCGUCUUGCUGGUCAUCGCAGGGGACGCCACCGCCACCUCGGCCGCCGCACUCUCCGACGUCACCCUGCGGCGAGGCACCGUCCUGUUUGUGUCAGCCAAUGAGAGCCUGCUCCUGCACGUGACCUCCGCAGAGGGCGUGACCAUGUUCCGGGCAUGCUGCCUCCUGUAGGCCUGGGAAGGUACGAACUCAGCAUCCGACGCGCCGGCCUCAAACCUUGGCUGACUUUUUAUCGAUCGCAUUCCAAUCGGUGCUAAAUGAAGGUCACAUGAUCUAGAAUUCCCGAUGGCGACCCCAUCUCCUCGCCCAUUGUGGUUGAAAGCGCCGCCAUAUUUUCUCAAUUUCAAAUUAUGUUACUUGAAUGUUUGCUACUCACAAAGACUGAAAGAUGGACAAUUGCAGAAAAGGGAAAAGUGGGAGGGACUAAGGCUAGGUUCACACUGCAGGGUAUGAUUCCCAUUUUUUCUUAAAAUACCGUAUUUUUAUGUUAUUGUUCAUCCAUCCAUCCAUUUUCUACCUCUUGUCCCUUUUGGGGUCGCUGGAGCCUAUUUCGACUGCAUUCGGGCGGCGUACACCCUGGACAAGUCGCCACCUCAUCGCAGGGCCAACACAGACAGACAACAUUCACACUCACAUUCACACACUAGGGACCAUUUAGUGUUGCCAAUCAACCUAUCCCCAGGUGCAUGUCUUUGGAGGUGGGAGGAAGCAGGAGUACCUGGAGGAAACCCACACAGUCACGGGGAGAACAUGCAAACUCUACACAGAAAGAUCCUUAGCGCAGGAUCCAACCCAGGAUCUUCGUAUUGUGAUGCAGACGCACUAAUAUUACCCCCAAAAAUGCAAGGUGUCACAGAUGUUUACUCAGGAUGUCCCGAUCAACACUUGUGGUCUCCGAUCCCAAUCCAGUCUUUCAAGUCGCGAGACGAUACUUUGACAAUAGAUUGUAGAAGUUGAACUGUUUUAUAGCUAGUAACUAAAGUAGGGCUGCAACUAGGGUUGUACGGUAUACCAGUAUUAGUAUAGUAGCGUGACUAAUGAAUCAUGUACGGUACUAUACCGCCUCUGAAAAGUACCGGUCCGCGCCCCUGUCGUCGUCACAUAAUCACAGAGUACUUACAAGCAGACAAGUUGUAUAGACCGAAAAGGGAGAACGAACGCAUUUUGGCUUAAAAAUUAAGGAUAAAGGUGAAGCUUUAACACUGAAACGCCCUCAGGAAGAGGUGCUUUAAGACAUGGCUAGCUAGCUAGCAGCUUAAAGGCCUACUGAAACCCACUACUACCAACCACGCAGUCUGAUAGUUUAUAUAUCAAUGAUGAAAUAUUAACAUUGCAACAAAUGCCAAUACGGCCUUUUUAGUUUACUAAAUUGCAAUUUUAAAUUUCCCGAGAGUUUCUUGUUGAAAACGCCACGGAAUGAUGACAAACGCGUGACAUCACUGACAUUUAGGAAAUAUUAGUGCUGCACACACACAGCUAAAAGUCGUCUGCUUGAACGGCAUAAUUACACAGUAUUUUGGAGAUCUGUGUUGCUGAAUCUUUUGCAAUUUGUUCAAUUAAUAAUGGAGAAGUCAAAGUAGAAAGAUGGAGUUGGGAAGCUUUAGCCCUGAGCCACACAAACACACGGUGAUUCCUUGUUUAAAAUUCCCAGAGGUGAAGCUUUCCUAUGGAUCAGAGCGGUCAAGCGAACAUGGAUCCCGAUCAAAUGUCAAUCAGCAGUUUUCGGUGAGAAAAUUGUGGUAAAAAGUCGCCACUUACCGGAGAUCAGCUGAUCUUGUGCCGUCCAUAAUGCCGCCGCCGACUUCCAUCAGACACUGGCCUCAAGACACCCGUGGAUACACCCUUCCGACUAUCAGGUACUAUUAAACUCACUAAAACACUAGCAACACAAUAGAAAGAUAAGGGAUUUCCCGGAAUUAUCCUAGUAAAUGUCUCUAAAAACAUCUGAAUCCAUCCCAAUGCAAUCGCGUUUUUUGUUCUUUCUUGUCCGUCGCUAUUAAUAUCCUCAAACACAAAUCUUUCAUCUUCGCGCAAAUUAACGGGGAAAAUGUCGUUUUCUCGGUCUGAAUAGCUCUUUUCGUUGGAGGCUCCCAUUAAAAACAAUGUGAAUAUGUGAGGAGCCAUCAACAUGUGAUGUCAUCGACUGCAACUUCCGGUAAAGGCAGGGCUUUUCUGUUAGCGACCAAAAGUUGCGAACUUUAUCGUGGAUGUUCUCUACUAAAUUCUUUCAGCAAAAAUAUGGCAAUAUUGCGAAAUGAUCAAGUAUGACACAUAGAAUGGACCUGCUAUCCCCGUUUAAAUAAGAACAUCUCAUUUCAGUAGGCCUUUAAAGUCCAGCCCCAGUCGGCAUUGUUUUAGCUACUUCUAAAUCACUAAUCCUGGUCUCCAUGGCGACAAAUAAAUUCAGUUUCUUACAAGGGUCAUCCCUGCAGGACGAGGAAUAGCUAAACAUGCUUCACUACACACCGCCAUUGCUCACUGGCGUGACCACUAAUGACACCGUUCCUGAAUGUAAACAAGUGCCAUUGGUGGAUCUACACUUAACAUCCGCUGUAAUAAUACUAAGUACAGGAGCGUAUCUAGUCGAUACUACUAUGAUUACAUCGAUGUUUUUUGGCAUCACAACAUCUUCUUUCGUUUUUUAAAAAAAGUAUGUUAUGUUUAUAAACUCAGGAAAUAUUUCCCUGGACACAUGAGGAUUUUAAAUAUAAUCAAUGAAUGUAUGAUCCUGUAACGACUUGGUAUCAGAUUGAUACCCAAAUUGGUGGUAUCAUCCAAAGCUAAUAUAAAGUAUCAAACAACAGAAGAAUAAGUGAUUAUUACAUUUUAACAGACUUGUAGUAAGAACAUGUUAAAAGAGAAAGUAAGCGGAUAUUAACAGUAAAUGAACAAGUUGCUUAAUAAUUCAUUUUCUACCACUUGUCCUUAAUAAUGUUGACAAAAUAAUAGGCAGAUAAAUGACACAAUACAUUACUGCAUAUGUCAGCAGCUAAAUUAGGAACCUUUGUUUGUUUACUUACUACAAAAAGACAAGUUGUCUAGUAUGUUCACUAUUUUAUUUAAGGUCAAACGUUCAAUAAGAAACAUAUGUUUAAUGUACCCUAAGAUUUUUUGUUAAAAUAAAGCCAAUAAUGUGAUUUUUUUUUUGUGGUCCCCUUUAUUUAGAAAAGUACCGAAAAGUAUCGAAGUAAUUUUAGUACUGGUACAAAAAUAUUGGUAUCAUUACAACCCUAGUGGCAAGAAAACUCAUCAUCCACGCUGUUAAAAGUGAUUUUGACUAAUGUUGUCAAGUUGACAGAACAAAUUGCCCAUCACAAUUAAGUAAGAAGAGUUACGACAACUUCAACUGGACAAAAACAGGGAAAGUCAUCAACAACCCAUAAGAUUAAGUCCAGUUGACUUCGAGAAGUUCAAUGUGGGCCUUUGUGAUCCCCUUUUAUUAGAAAAGUAUCGAAAAAAUGUUGGUACCGGUGCCAAAUUAUUGUUAUCGGGGCAACGCUAGCUGAAACGAUUAGUCGACAAUAAAAAUGUGUCGCCGACAAUUAUAUUUGAUCACAACGGUCGCGACGUCAUCACUCGUGUCGCCACACCAAAAACAUGGCCAGUGAUAACAUGUAAAGUGUGAGAACAUUUCCUCCUCUUCGUUUUCAAACAUGAGCACCUUGCUACUUUUGCAAAGCGGACUUUCUUUUUUAUGGCACUACGUCUGUGGUACACCAGCAUUUAAAUGGGAACUGCACUUUUUUUCUUUGGAAUGUUGCCUAUAGUUCACUAUCAUGAUGAGAGACAAGAAGACAAGUUUUUUUUUUUGCAUUCUAACAUAAAAAUCGGCUGAUUCAGCUAAUGGGAGCAAUCCAUUCUCCCUCUAAAACACUUUAAAAUGCAUUCAAAAACCGCCAACACUACAUCAUUUACAUUCUGUAACAUGUAUAAUAACCUAACUGUAACGACAUUGUUAUUGUAAGAGUAAACACUGAGGAACUCUUUUUCUAGCGUAGUAACACAUCGGCAUGCUACUGUAUUAGCUGUAAAAGCUAACAAUGGCAAGAGAUAAUCUAGCUUCUACGACAACAUGAAACGUGUUUGAGUUUGACACCAAUCUGUACUGAGUGAAAAACAUGAAUAAUCAUAUGAUAGUAUUUGUAAAUUAUUAGCCCAUACUUCAUGUUUUGUUUGUACACAGCUAGCCAGACAGCGUAUGUGCGGUAGUUGUAAUAACACGCACGACCUGCUGCGUGUAUCAUGAUCCAUAUUCAAGUGACUCAGUCAAUGGAUAGUUGUGCGUUUGGUCUGUUUUUUUGGUUUAUUUGGGUAAGCACUCUAUGUAGAAAAAGUUUGUCUCCGAAUUCCACAUGACUUUCACCUCGCUCUUUUGGCUUCCAUCUUCUCCAACAUCUCACCCUUAAUAGACUUUAUUUGUAAAAAGCACUUUACUUUGAGCAAACAACCUCAAAGUGCUACAGUGUAUUAAAAAAUAAAAUAAAAAAUAAAUGAAAAUAAAAACUAGAACAGCCUAAUCACUAGAACUAGUGUGCGCAUAUAUAUAUAUAUAUAUAUAUAUAUAUAUAUAUAUAUAUAUAUACAAAUGCUUUUUUAAAAAGAAGAGUUUUUAAGCCUUUUUUAAAAAUCAUCCACAGUCUGUGGUGCCCUCAAGUGGUCAGGGAGAGCGUUCCACAGAGUGGGAGAAGCGGAGCAGAAAGCCCAGUCUCCCAUUGUUCGUAGCUUUGUCCUAGUAGGUUAGCCUGUUUGGAGCGGAGGUGUCGUGUGGAGGAUUUUGGGGUGAGUAGUUCUUUGAGGUAGAGGGUGGCCUUUCCACGGAGACACUGGUGGGUCAGUAGGGAGACUUUGCAUACAAUCCUGAGUGGAACAGGAAGCCAGUGAAGGGAUUUGAGAGUUGGUGUGAUGUGGUCGUAUUUCCGCACUCUCAUCAGGAUCCUAGCAGCACGAUUAUGUAGUGCAGUUUUUGAAUGUUCUUGCUGGGGAUCCCGACAAGUGCAUUGCAGUAGUCGAGCCUUCCUUCGUUCUCACUUCUAGAAGCAGUAGUUUUAUCAAAUUUGCAAAUGUUUUAAAUCAAUGACUUGAUACAUUUGUUCUUUAAUAUGAAAUACAAUAUUUUUAAUAAAAUAAAAUGGCAAUUAUACAAUAACUCAACAAAAACUAAGCUCCCGUUUAAAUCGAUUUUUGUGCCAUCAAAGCCUCCUUGUAUCCAGAGACUUACUCCCUGACUUUGUAAACAAUAGGAACAAGAAAAAUAUCAUUCUAAUCACUUUAGUAUCGCUUAUAUACUGAUACCGCACUAGAUAUCAAUAGUAUGGACAUCUGGAUCAUCACCCAUACUUUACCUUUAGCGGUUAGCUUCUUGUGUUGUCCUGUGUGGUUUUUUUCUUCACGCCCUCCAGUGAUAACAUUACUGGAAAUAAACAGUUUAUUUGCCGCCAUGGUGGUGAGGACUAGUAUCUUUAGAAGCGCUUUGCACUGUGGAUAGAUGACGCGUUCGUUGCAGCUUGCUCUCAAAUUAGAUCGGGACAUCACGAGUGUUUACGGAAGUUAACGUGGCCCCGUUGCCAGGGUUCAGACCUGGAGUCAAACAUGCGAUCAUACACACACGAACAUACAUACAGUGCAUCCAAACAGUACUCAUGUUACAGCCCUAUUCCAAAAUUCAUUUUUGUCCUCAAAAUUCUACACACAAUACCCCAUGAUGUCAGUGUGAAAAUAUAUUUUUUUUGAGCUUUUUGCAAAUGUAAUAAAAAUACAAAACUAAGAUAUCACACGUAUUAAAGUAUUCACCACCUUUGCCACAAAGCUCAAAAGUGAGCUCAGGUGCAUCCUGUUUUAACUGAUCCUCCUUGAGUUGUUCCUACAACAUUUUUUAACCAACAUUUUAGGCGUGGGAGAUUUUAGUACUCGUAGUUUGUCGGGCAAAAGCUAAGAGUAUGGGACACUUAAAUUGAAACUGGUUUCCAAUAGCACAAUCGUGGUCUGUUUAAUUCAAAUUGUUUAAAAACUAAACAUGACAAAAUGGAGCGCCACUUCAUGCAAUUAUUUGGUUUUCUUUAGUGCAUAUAAAAGUACUGUUUGACAGGAGAUCCAAAACUCCUUUUCAACUUUUCUGAUUUAAAUGUAUUUGUGGUGGGCCGGCCACCACAAAGACAUGAAAGGGAAACACCGCAUUGAUGCUGGUGACGAAUGCAGAAGUGUAUUUGUGCACUAGGCCUGGGCCAUAUGUCCAUUUUAUCCCUAAAUUCAUUUUUUUUUUCUCCUCUUGCUCUGGCAUACUUUGUGCUAACGUGACGAUUGUUCCGAAGAAAAUACAUUUUGUCAGUGGUUUGGUUUUGCGGCAACCUGCGUGGAACAAGUGACCGCACGCUGCAAAGUUUGUUUAAAAAAAGGAAGCAUCACAACUUAUUCCAGCAUCUGAAACUGAAGCCUUCAAAUGCAACUCUUUACGAGGGUAAAAAGACCCUAACAACACACAAACUCCGGCUUGUUUUCCACAAGGUGCAACGUGGGAUGAGAAAGAAGCACAAGGCACUAAUAUCCGAGAUGUGCGACUAAAAAAAGGCUGCGUAAACAAAUCAUAUCCUCUUAGUGUUAUACUUUAUUUGCAUGUGAUGUGCAAUACUGCAUUUUUAUUUACACAAGUGUUUUAUUCGAGACUGAAUAUUUAAGUUUGCACUUUGUCGGAGAGUAUUUACAGUAUUGUGUUGUAUUCAAGACAGAAGUUUUGCUUCCUAGAGGAAACCUUUCAUUCAUUUGUUUGAGGAUUAAUCCAGAUAAAUAACUAUUGAUUAUGUCUGGACUAAAAGAACAUUAUAGAAAUGAGAGUAAGAUGCAGUGUCAUUUGAAACUACUAGUUUUUGAUCACAUAAAAAAAAAGUGUUUUAAUCUUUAUUCAUUCAUUUCUUCAAAAAAUUGGAAAUCUUUUCUUUUUGGUGUGAAAAAGAAUGUGAACUUGUGGUUUUUGGCCGUACCGCCCAGGCCUACUGUGCAGACUUGGUACAAGCAGCUGUAUGCUGUGUGUGUACAUGUCCGUCUCCUGGACCAGGUGGGUCCAGAUGCAUGUGUGGAAACGUACGCAGACUGAAGGUGGGUCAGUACUGGCAGCAUGCCUGCAGUGCAAAGUAGCGUACUAUAACGUGUACUGUACAACAAUCCCACCCAGCAUGACCAAGGAAUGCCAAUGUUCAACAAAAUGCUGCGUUUUACUUUAAUGGCACUCUGGAAAUGUGUUAAUUUUGUAUCUUUUCCACUUAUAUAUGGUAUUUAAUAUAUUUGUCAAUGAAUACUGUAACGCUCUACAAAUACUGGAUGUUUGCAGUAACUUUUAGCCAUAUUUUUAAUGUCUCACUUUUCCUUCAAUCUUGUGACGAGUCUGAUUUGUGUGCUUUUUAACUGUUAUCUCAACUCAUGUCCAUGAAAUGCACACAUGCUGAUGCUUUGUUGCACACUAAUCAUUGUACUUCCUGCUGUAUUGCACCGGCGCAUCUUAUUUGCAUUUUAGGACUGCUGUUAGCAUGGAACCCCCAAGAACGAUAAAGUGGAUGAAUAAAAGCUUUGUGCUGUGA